AUGGAGACGGGCGGGUGCCGCAUGGGCGGCGCGGGGCCCGGCGGCCCGGCCGCGAUCACGCUGGAGGAGCUGGACGGGCUGGCCGAGGAGAGCCCCGACUCGGCGUACCACAGCCACGGCAGCAGCCUGGAGGAGGAGGCGGCCGAGCGCAUGGACGACGAGGAGCAGGAGCGGCUGCUGAGCUACUGGCAGAGCGUGGGCCGGGGGCACCAGGUGGACGUGCCCCGAGACAUGGCAGAGCCCAUCCAGCAGCUGACCAGGAAUAACAACCCCCAGGAGAGGCAGAGCAUCCCCUUCACCCUGAUCCAGCGCAAGGAGAAGCUGGGAGAUCUGCUCUAUGAGAAGAGGCAGUAUGGGAAAGCCAAGUGGGCUUGUAUCAAAAUGAAAGAGAAGCAGUACGAGCAGAGCAUCUGCCUUGGCUUCAUGAAGCUCAUGAGGUACAUCUGUGAGCAGAACUCCUCAGGGCUGUACCUGGGGAUCACCGUGCCCAUCGUGACCAUCGUGCACACCAACGAGGCGCAGUCGGCGAUGACACAGGCGGUGACAGUGGCCUAUUACCUGCCCGAGGUGCUGCAGGACGAGCCCCCGCACCCCUUCGACUCCGACAUCAUCAUCGAGGAGUGGCCUGCCACCAUUGUCUACAGCAGGAGCUUCCGAGGGAUCACCAACGAAGACUCCAUCAUGAGAGAGAUCAGCCUGCUGGCAGCCAUCCUGGAGAGCCCCGAGCUGUGCCUGCGGGACACGUUCAUCAUCGCCGGCUACACCAACCCGGCGGCCGCCAACCGCCACAACGAGAUCUGGUUCCUGCAGCGGCCCUGAGCUCCCGCAGCCCCUCGGAGCCUCCUCCCUCUCACAGGAUUUAGGGUUCCAGCAGAACCUCUGUGCUCUUUAAUUCCAACACACAGACCAGCAACCAGAGCCAGUGGCUGCUAACUCACAGCAGGGUGAAAAAACAACUCCAAAAAUGGAUUUGUGGAGGACUUCUGAAAGAACCCGAAGCCUCCUGGUCCCACAGGGAGGGAGGGCUCUGUGCCCAACCCAAAACCUCUCCCUGAGCAGCAGGAUCAGAGUGGCUCUGGCUUAAGCAGGACCAAGGUGCCCUCUGGUGCCUGCUGGGCACAGAGAUUCCUUGGGAAAGCAGCAAGGAGAGGGGGAAAAGGAAACAGAACAUAAGAGAGACACAAAAGCCUUAGUUUUAACACAAAAAAAAAGCCAAGAGUCUUUAUGGAGAGGGGAAAGAAACCCAAAUAAGCUAAAAUUAAAUACAGUGUCACAGCCUGGGAGAAGGAAAAUUUCAAAUUCCAGCCAGUAUUAAACUAAAGAUUUUAAUUGAAGAAAAACAGUGAAAAUAUUUUUAAAACUGAAUUUAAUAGAGGGGCCAGAGAGGCAUUAAAUAAAAUAUUUUGUCCUCAUAUCCUCCCCAGAUUUUUAUAAGAGCACAUAAAAAUCAUUUUCAUCUCUGACAAGAUUUUAUGGCAAAUUAAAGAAAUUUCUGCCAUCUGAUUGCUUUUGCCAGUGGGGAAAAAGUCUCAUUAUGCUUUGGUGCAACAGAUGUUGGAUAGCUCCUGGAAGCAGUGAAAUCCUCUCACCACAGAGCACCAGUUUGUACAUAAUUCACAUUUUAAACCUCUCCUGCAAAAGCAUCUGCUGUGUCUGAUGUCCCUGCCAACCCCUCCCGUGGCUCAGCUCCCCGUGGGUGACAUUCUAGAAACAUCCCUGAAGCACGAGCAGAUCUGAGUUUGCUGACCUCCCACCUGCAUCCCUGCUCUUUAUGGCAAACUGUGAAUCCCAAGAUAGUAUUUAUUUCUUUUGACUUGUGUUAGAUGGCUUCUGCUGCUGAGAAAAAAAAAACAAAAAACACAAAAAAACCCAACAAAAACAACCUCCUUCAGCUCCAGUUUGGAGAUACACUUUAUGGCUUGGUACCAACAGCUGCCACUGGCCCUCAGGAGCACAGGGACCAACAGCUCCAGUGUUCAGCUGACACAAAACACAGUUUAUUUAGUUGUUACACCAGUGAAUGCCAAGCAAACAUCACUGUUACUCAGAUCUGACAACAUCACGUCAGGCAAGAUUGCCUCAAACAGGUAUUUUGUUAUCCAGCCGUGGCUCUACUUUGGGAGCCACUCAUGGAUUUUCAGUUUUAAUGUGAAAUUAUUAGCUUUCCACUCAUGAAAGGAGAUAAUAAAUCAGCAUUCACCCCUAUUUUUGGAAGAUUAAAUGAUGUAGCCUUAACAGAUAAGUGUUGUCCUGCAUACUGUGUAUUUUCCAAACCAGAGUUAGUGCCUAAAAAGUUGAUUCCAGCUAUUGUGAUACUCAGGGCCUCGCUUAUGGUAUGUAAAGACAUCUCCACCGAGUUCCUCUGGCAUUGCUGUGCUGUGCUGUCUGACACUGUCCUUUGCUCACACUGAAAUGUUGUCUUGUUUACUGUUUGGCACAAUUAAAGAAUGAUUUUACUGUG